CAGAAAGGAGCCCGGCAAUACAAAAACAAGUAGACUCCUCGACCUCCACUAGGAUUGCCUUCGCGAUCCCAAAUCCUAAAUCCCACGCCUGCACCCUCCACUGCCAGUGGGACUUUGCUUUUUUAUUUUGCCGCUAGAUCGUGGUGUGCCGAAACCGAUUCAUCACAGCUGCUCCCGGUCUGAGGAGAUCUUCUAUUCCUGCUGAGGGACCAAAGAUUACUACUACUGGUUGGUAGUGGUUAGCUCCUACUCCAGCACGAUAGCCGGAGUCCGAAACCUCCCUGGGAGCAUACAUAUACAUAGCGCCCAUGCGCCCACUGUCAGAAUGGUUGUGACUACGGACGAAAUCAUGAAUGCUGAGGAGUUUGCACCGCGUCACGUCGAUGCUGGCUAUGUUGCGCUUUCGUAUUUCGUGUCGCUUAUUGGCUCGCUGUCGACACUUGAGCUACUGCAGCUACGAACGUCAGGGAGAGGUCUAUACAACUGGUAUCUCUUGUUUGGCAGCAGUGUGACGAUGGGUGGCAUUGCCAUCUGGUCGAUGCACUUUAUUGGAAACCGUGCGACUGUACUCUACGAUGGCCAGCCCGAAUUCCAACUCACAUACAACACUACAUUUACCAUCGUCUCGUUUUUUGUUCCGGUCGUCGUCCUUCUAGGGGCAUAUUGGCUUGCUGGCUCGGGUGCCGAUGAGGUGCAAAAAGUUCGUGUCGGGUUUGGGGGGUUAUUUGCAGGUUCAAGUAUCUGCGGCAUGCACUACCUCGGCGACAAGGCGAUCAACAAUUUCAAACCAGUCUACAACACCAUACACGUCGUAGCAUCAGUGGUAAUCGCCAUCGUCGCCACGAAUGUUGCGUUGACGUUAUUCUUCGUUGUGCGCAAAAACUUUACAAACUGCUGGUGGAAGCGGGUGCUACUGGCGUUCCUGCUCGCUUUGGCGGUGUCGGGAAUGCAUUGGACAGCAAGUUUGGGGACCACUUUUGUUUUCCAGCACGAGCGACCCAACGCUGACUCGGAAUUGUCACGACAGUGGGUCGUGAUAAUUGUCAUUGCGCUGUCGGUCUUCAGCUGUGUCGGCUUGUUGGGUUUUGCGCUAGUUGCGGGGCGGAACAGGAGAAAUCAGAGUAAAAAGGCGCAGAGAAUUGUGCUGGCUUCUGCGAUCUUCGCGGAGGGAAAGUUGAUGGUCUUGCCCGAUGGGACACUUCCGUCCAAGACGAUUACAGAUACCUUCUCCGAGCGGUCGUUCGAGGAAGGCUUUGGCAAACGACACGACGUAUUCCACUGGAUCUAUCGCACAUCACGGAAUUGGCGGGUGGUAGUCGACCUUCUCCCCGGCAUGCGGCGACAUCUGAGGUCAUACAUGGAGGGGGUUCGGGACGGUCAGACAUAUUUCGAGGAUUAUUCGAUUCUCUUCCGCGAAAUGUUUUGCGUUGCGGCCAAGGACCUCGCCGAUGCCACGCACCAGCCUUUGCAGUCCGUGGGAGUACUCUAUGAAGAGAUGUUGAUUACCGGUUUGAAUACCGGUGGAGCGGGCUUGAUGUCGAAGCUUGACCCGGAGAUUGGAAGGCGGCAUCGUGGCCGAGGAAAGGUUCUAUUUCUGGUCAAGAAUAUCGACAAAACUGAGGCCACACGACUGGCGACCUUUGGUUUCAGAUUCACUUCGCCUACGAACGUUUACGAUGUGCUUUCCCGGGCGAUGCAGGUGACAAAGGAGGAUGUCGUCAAGGUGGUCUCGACAAUGGCCACAUAUUACCCGGAACGUGAAGCUUUGCUGCCGCCUGGAGUUUACCUGGGCGCUUUUGCGGUGCAAUCUAACGAGGUGGGUGGCUACAAUAUUUUGGUGCAGCAGAGUGAAUCGAGCAAACUCCCGGCGCAUUCGCUCGGAAUAAACGCCAUAACCCCUGCGCACUUCCGCUUCUUGCAGAAAUACCACGGCAAGACCGCCGGCGAGCUCACCACCGUUCUUCGCAAUGACCUGCGCGAAGCCGCCUCUGGGGCUGGUCUGCCCGAGGCAUUCGCGAGGCAAUUCAACGAUGCACUAGCCUACCUCCUCCUCGAGCUGAAGGACCAGAUCUUCAACAACGCGGUCCUCGACGCAAACCCCCAAUAUCUCCCUACGGCCAUGUCGGAAGAAGACCCCUCGCGGCCCGGCACAGGGACGGCCGCCCAACUUAUCGUCUUCAAAACUGUAGUGCCCUCGCACAUCAGCAUCACCUCUCCAAACCUGGUAUUCACGCCCCUCCCCUUCUUCUCCAUCCAACAGCGCUCCUAUCCCGGCUGCCCCGAGCACCAAGUGCACGCACGCCGGGUGCACCGCGAGUUCUCGGCCAAGAAGGCGGUCCCCCACACUACGCGCACGCGUUCGCGCUCCCGUUCCGGCCGGAUCUGGAAGUCCGCGGCAUCACAGUCCUCGUCGUUCCCAGCCUUCGGGCGGCUCCGCGCCGGAGCCCCGUCCUCACGCAGCCCGAGCAUGUCCUCGGAAAAGAACCUCGUCGUCGACGACCCGUUCUCCGCCGGAAUCAUGGUCAGCCAGACGGUCACCGUCAACGUCGCCAGCCCCACGGACUCGACAGAGCUCAAGGACCUCGGCCCAAGUGUCAAUGUUACCAAAAUUGACGACUCGGCCGAUAAUUUUACGUGGUGCGAGGCCCUGUUUAAGGGGAUCCUGCCGGAUGCGAGGUAGUUGCUCCUCGACUCGACGAGACUCCUCGGCGGCAGCGGUGUGUAAUGUGAAAGUGGAACGAGGGAGGUGCAUAUUCUACAGGGGUUUUUUUUUGGGCGAGGUUUAGAAGGAAAAGCAUGAGACACAGACACUACAUAAUUUUUUGGCAAGAGCUUUGGGAGCUAGAGUUAUCUACACACAUAGUAAGACGAGUUAGUGUG